AUGAUGAGCAAGCGUCUAUUUGCGCGUGUCUUGCAACAGAGACAUAGCCCAUUCUCAAAGCAGGUGCGCGCACUCAGUCUACUUGAGUAUCGUUCCCAUAAGCUUCUCAAAGACUUCGACAUUCCCGUGCCCCGUGGAUUUGUUGUGGAAAGCCCUCAAGAUGCCAAGUCAGUAGUAGCGGAGAUUGGUGCCCCGUCAGUUCUCAAGGCUCAAGUACUUGCCGGCGGGCGAGGCAAGGGAAAGUUCAAUAGUGACAACAAAGGAGGAGUUCGCAUCGUCCAAUCACCCAAGGAAGCAUUGAAAAAUGCCAGUAAUAUGCUUGGAUAUUACCUCACAACGAAACAAACACCGUCGGGUGGUCUGCUAGUGAACAAAUUAUAUAUAUACAAGGCAGUUGAUGUUGCAAAGGAAUUCUACCUUGCCGUGACCUUUGACCGCGAACGGUACAGCCCAGUACUCCUGGUCUCUGGUGAUGGAGGAGUCGACAUCGAAUCCAACAUGGACAAUUUACAUCAGUUCUGGUUCCAGCUCUCCGAAGGAGUCACUCCCGAGAUUAUCGCUAGCAUCCAGACUCUUCUGCACUUCAACUUUCACGAGAUGGACAUUCUCCGGCCGCUAAUCUACCAGAUGGUAACCCUAUUUCAAGAAAAAGACGCCACUCUAAUUGAGCUCAACCCGCUCGUCCAGACUGCGGAAGGAGACUUUGUCUGUCUGGACGCCAAGUUCACCUUUGACAACGCGGCUCAAUUCAGACAGAAUGAGAUAUUCAGUCUUGCAGAGCGGUCUCCAGAAGAGGAGGAGGAACACGAUGCAGCCAGGCUGGGUCUCUCCUACGUUCGGUUAGAUGGCAAUAUCGGGAAUAUUGUCAAUGGUGCAGGUCUGGCGAUGGCGACAAACGACCUCAUCAGUAUAUAUGGGGGAAAGUGUGCGAAUUUCCUGGAUAUUGGAGGAGGUGCUACCAAGGGGACGCUUUCGAAAGCGUUUGAGAUUUUGAAAAAGGAUGCUCGGAUAAGAGGAAUUUUGAUCAACAUAUAUGGUGGGAUUGUGCGUUGUGAUAUGAUUGCCGAGUCUAUUAUUGCUGCAGCCGCGGAAAUGGACGGGUUCAACAUCCCUGUGGUGGUUCGUUUGCAGGGGACAAACAGCGAUAAAGCGUUGAAGAUGAUCUCAAAAGCUGACUUGGAUAACUUGACUGUGGAUGCGGACUUUGAGUCUGCUGCUCAGAGGAUUGUUCAUCUCACAGCCUGA